CAAGCUUGCAGACAGGAAAAGAGAAAGACCUCUCUCUCUCUCUCUCUCUACUUAUAAAAUGGCGGAUUCUAUAACAUGUUUUCCACACUAAGCUGUGGAGGAAUGGCAGGCUCAGAUUGCUCUGUAUCACUCUCUAGCCUUCUAUGCCAGGAAGAAGCUUGUUUUGAUGAUGAUGAAGAAGAAGAAGAAGAAGAAAAUGAGAGAUUUCUAUCUAUUGAAGAUUUGGGUCUUUUAGAGACAGAGGAUGAGUACAUAGAGAUCUUGGUUUCUAAAGAAAGGAGUUUUGGGAGUGAAAGUUCUGGAUCUUCUGACGAUUUUUCCACUGAGAACUGGCUCAAAUGCGCUCGGUUGGAUGCCGUCCGAUGGAUUCUGGAAACGAGAGCAUUCUUCGGCUUUAGUUUCCAGACUGCUUAUCUUUCCAUCUUUUAUCUGGAUCGAUUCCUUUCAAAGCGACCUAUUGAUCAGAGCGGGAAAUAUUGGGCGAUUCGGUUAUUAUCAGUGGCGUGUUUGUCUCUGGCUGCAAAGAUGGAGGAAUGCAGAGUUCCGGCGUUGUCGGAGUUUCGAACGGAAGAUUUCGAGUUCGAGAAUCAGGUGAUUCAGAGGAUGGAGCUUCUGGUCUUGAGUACGUUGGACUGGCGGUUGAGUUCUGUUACUCCGUUUGCCUAUCUGAAUUACUUCAUUUCCAAGCUCAGCGAGAAAUCAAGACCAAAGACGUUGGUGUUGAGAGCUAUGGAAUUGAUAUUGGCUACAACAGAAGUGAUGGAUUUAGUGAAUCAUAGGCCAUCAGCAAUAGCUGCGGCGGCUGUCCUGGUGGCUUCUGAUCAGAGCUUACCGAGUACUUCAGGUGAUUUUAAGAUGGGCGUAAUCUCGUUGUGCGGCUGCUUAGAAAACAAGCAUGUGUUUUCUUGCUAUAAUCUGAUGCGGGAGUUGGAAGAGAGGAAAUUGAACAUGCACAAUCUUGUAGCGUCAAUCUACGCAAUCCCCGCCAACGGAGACGUUCUUGAUGAUUAAGGUAACGAUUUGGAAGAAAAGCAAAUCGAUUGAGAGAGAGAGAGAGAGAGAGAGAGAGAGAGAGAGAGAGAGAGGAAACCUAUUACAGAUCUUGUGCUAUUCGCCGGAUAUGAUUUCAUUUUGCAAUUGGAUUAUAGGUCUAAUGAGUGUCGCAUCUCGAACUCCCAUCAAUAUGAUUUGGAGUUGAUUGAUGAUACCAUUUCGAAAAUCUAAAGAUGGUUUUUUGGGUUUAUGGUUUUGAGGGCAUUCUCUACCAAAUUGGUUAGUGUAAUCAAGAAACAGAACCACAGGAAAAGGGGGAGAUAGAGAAAAAAAAUGGGGGGAGAAAGCUGACUUUUGAGUCCAAAAGCAUGGAAGAGGUGUUACCCAAGAUGCCAUUGAAGUGUGUUUGUUAAUAGUCAUUCAGCUAGUCUUUUUGGUUCAUAGUCAUUGUCAUUCAUGAAAACCUUACCCAAAUAUUCAUUUCAUUUGUAUUUCUUUAGUUAUUUGUAGAAUUUUGGUAGGGACCCAAAACAAAAAAGAAAAAAAGAGAGAGAGAGAGAGAGAGAGAGAGAGAGAGAGAGAAGAAAAUCAUUGUUGCGAGUCUUUUUUUUCUAUGCAUUAUUUAAAUAUCUGCCUUGCAGACACUCCUUUGGUGGGGGUUGGGAAGCAUGGGAUGCUUCCAAUGUCUUUAAAAAGGCUGAGAGCAAUGCGGGGAGGAGGUGGUACUGGCUGUGAUUGGAUGCACUUAUGUUGCAUGCUGUCGAUAAAAAGCAUGUAAAAAAGAGGGGAAUGGGGUUUUGGGUAUUUGUUUUUUUUUCAAUGUUGGGAAUGUCUUUUGGGGGUGUGCUUUCACUGUUACUUUUGUGUUGGGGCCAUAAAGACAGACAUUGUUGUGGUAUCAAAAGGAAUUUGUUCAUGGAUAUGUGAUGAGCUUAAUCUGCAUCUAAGUUGGUUUUUUUCAUGAUCAAUGAUAUGUUUGAGGAAACGUCACGUGACACAAUAUUGGUAAUGGUUUCAUUCAAUCGAGCUUGAAUUAAAGAUGCGACGGCUUUUUCUUUA